AUGAAUUGCUUCCCCUGUUUCUCCUCCCGCAGAAGAAAGAAAAGCCGUAACAAGAUGGAGCACGAUUCCCCACGGCACGAAAACAUUCCUUCUACACCGCCCGAUGUGAAGAACCAAAAGUCAGAAAACCCAGGCCAAAUUGAUCCGGCAAGUAUAAAAGCGCAACCUUUUACUUUCCGUGAGCUGGCAACCGCAACAAAGAAUUUUCGUCGUGGAUGCCUGCUGGGUGAAGGCAGCUCUGGCAGAGUCUAUAAGGGCACGCUUCCGGCGACCGGCCAGGUGGUAGCUGUGAAGCAACUCGACAAAAACGGGGUGCAAGGCAAUAAUAAGGAAUUUCUGGUCGAGGUUUUGAUGCUAAGUCUCUUGCAUCACGAAAGUCUAGUCGACCUCAUCGGUUAUUGUGCCGAUGGGGAUCAACGUCUUUUGGUUUACGAAUUUAUCGCAGGGGGUUGCCUGGAAGAACACCUUCUCGAGAACGGACCAAAUAAACGUCCAUUGGAUUGGAUGACUAGGAUGAAAAUAGCGUAUAAUGCAGCGAGAGGAUUGGAGUACUUGCACGACAAGGCUAACCCGCCGGUCAUAUAUCGAGACUUGAAAUCCUCAAAUAUAUUGCUGGACGAUGACUUUAACCCUAAACUCUCAGAUUUUGGGUUGUUCAAGCUUGCCGGGGGACACAAGGCCAACCCCGCGCCUUCUAUAGUUAUGGGUACCUACGGAUACUCGGCCCCAGAGUGCGUAACAACAGGUAACGUCACCUUGAAAUCGGACGUGUACAGUUUUGGAGUUAUUUUGCUGGAGCUCAUUACUGGACGGAGAGCCAUCGACACCACGAGACCAAACCACGAACAAAACCUAGUUUCGUGGGCAGUGCCCCUUUUCAAAGACCCAAAAAGAUUUCCGGACAUGGCGGAUCCAGAUCUGGAGAGGCAUUUUCCAGAAAAGGACCUGAAUCAAGCAGUGGCAAUAGCAGCCAUGUGCCUGCAGGAGGAAGCGGGAGCCCGUCCUUUGAUGAGCGACGUCGUAACUGCUCUCAGUUUCCUUACUUUUUUGGAUCAAGCUGGAGAUAGUUGCGAUGAGGAGGAUGAAGAGGGGGACUAGUAAUGAGGGCCAUGAACGUCGGCGAUGAGACUGUCAACAGCGACGAGAGCAAGGA